AUGUCUUUACUUUUCAAAUUACUGCGUAAUAUAAAAGAACUUUUGCCUUUGUGGAAUCUUGCCAAACUGUUAAGUGGAAUUUGUGAUAAUAAUAAUGACAAAGAUGAUGAUCGUGGAAUAAAAGGUUAUACUCAUAACCCAUACAACGGCGUUGUCUGCAAUGACACCAUCCUCGCAACCGGAGUCUUUUCUUCCAAAGAAUUAUGGAGAUUAUCAAAAGCAUCAAUUAUCUCGAGCGUAAAUGGCAUACAGCCAACAUUAAACACAAUCAAGAUAGAAAAUCCGGGUUAUUAUUGCAGUAGUUACACUCCUCCAGCUACAGAUCAUUCUUCUCUUCUCUCUGGGGGUACAUACAGUCCUCUGUCUCUACCCCGAAGCACACACAGUCCAGGAGUUGGAGGAGAGUCUAGAAACAAACGUUUGCGUAGACUCAGUUCAGCUGAUGAGGAAAUGGAACUAGUCCGAGAGAAAACGGAAGCUGUUUAUUACGGUCAAAGCCCCGCUUCUCUCUCAAGUCAGACAUCUUGGCAUUCUGACGUGGAUCACGGAGGAGUGAGAUCGUCUCAAUCACCGCGAACCCUCGUCGUGAGUGGCGGUGGCGGCGGCGGCGGGGGACACACCUCAGGAUCAUCAUUAAGAUCUGCUUCUCCUUUGCCAACGGGAAAUUCACGGACGAGACAAGGAUUAAGUACUCAACAUAACGUUGUUACGUCAUUGGCUGGUUCGAGUUUAGGAGUCGGAGGUUACUAUCAAACGCAAGCACCUCAUCAUUCGCCUAAAUACCCGGAAAACGGACACGAUACCCUUUCUGAUUUUGUCACGUUUGUCUGUCAAGAAGCUGAAAAUACUCAACAAGGACCCCAGGUGCAAGGAAACAUUACCAGGAAUUCAGCAAAAUUAGCUCAAUAUUAUCCGAGUUCGAUGUUACCACCUCCGCCACCUCCUCCAAUGGCUCGACCCGUGGCUAUAAUACGAUCGACGGGAGAAUUGACAAAUUCGCCUCCGACAUCGACAACACCACCCAUAACGAAUAGUUCUUCUUCUCCCGACGGACACUGUCACGAUCCGGGACUCAGUCCGUCGCCGCCUAAUUUAGGAACUGAAAUGCCAUCGGUACGAGUCAGUUCGGUGGUAACUAGUCCGUUUGCUGUCAGUCGUGAAUAUACAUUCUCUCAUAUUCACACCCAGCCGGGACAGCUUUUCAGUUAUCCAAACAUGAGCGGAAUGACCGGAGUUAUAAGUCCGACGAAUUUGAGUCUUUUUACCGGACCCUCGGUGACGAGACCCCCGCAAUCGACACCCAGAUCCACUCCGAUACCUCGAUGGAACGCACCAUUUAUCAGUUUGGACGAAGACUACAAUAUGAUGCCAUUAAUGCCAGGAACUAAUCCCGGUGAUCAAGGUUCUUUAAUCGACACAGACGAAAGAUAUUUCAGCACCGUGGCUCACGGGGAAGAUUUAGACGGUUCUACGACAAAUCAAGGAGGUUUGGUGACGGGAGGACCAGGAUCGACAGGUUCAAGUGGCGGAGCACCGACCCCUCCAUCACGCACGCCCAAUCCUCAACCUCAACCGGCUCCUGGAUCGGGACCUCCAACUCCAGUCAAAUCUCAGCCGUAA